AUGUCAGAAUCGUUAUACAUAAAUGAGCAGCAACCAAGUAAUGAUCACUUGGAUACCGAUUUCCGAGUGUUGGUUUUGAUACAGAAUAAAGAGACUAGUACAACGAAGAAUGACGGAAAGAAUACUACUACAGAUAUCAGCGUAGAGCAGGCAGAUAUGAAGGGGAAAUUGUUGGAAGGAAUACAUACAUUUACUGGUAUUAACAAGUUUUUCGAUGAAUUUGAUCGCAAAAUAGCGUAUCCAAAUGAAGGUUCGUUGAAGUAUGACGUUGGAUCGGAUGGAUUUAUAGUGAUAGUGGUAGAGAGGGAUCAGUUAAGGAAAGAGGUUGGGGACUUUAUUGAUGACUAUUUGAAAAAUGUCACCAAGGAGAGUUCUGAAAAUGGGGACGCUGAUAAUGACGAAGAAAGUGAAGACGAUCUGUCUUUAUUACCCGCCAAGAGACCAAGAAAAUAG